AUGGAUCACUCGCACAUGGACCACGGCCACAUGGGCCACGGCGACAUGGACAUGGGCGGCGGCGCCCACAAGUGUAACAUGAACAUGCUCUUCACCUGGGACACGACAGACCUAUGCAUUGUCUUCCGCCAAUGGCACAUCGGCAGCGCCUUUGGCCUGGUCGUCUCGCUGCUGGCCGUCGCCGCCCUCGCUGCCGGCUACGAGCUGGUGCGCGAGCUGACGCGCCGCUACGAGGCCUCUGUCGCCGCGCAGCAGUCGGCCAAAACGGCCGGCUCGCCCGGCAUCCCCAGCUCCGAUGAGCACGAAUCGAGCUCAUUGCUAUCAUCAGGGAGGGGGAACUGGACGGCCCGCGACGAGAAGAGAGCCAAGACGGUCAAGGCCGCACUGUAUGCCGUCCAAGUCUUCUACUCGUUCUUUAUCAUGCUGCUUUUCAUGACAUACAACGGCUGGGUCAUGCUGGCUGUUGCCGUUGGUGCGUUCUUUGGCUAUCUGUUGUUUGGUGGCUCUUCUGCCACGAAGACUGUUGCUUGUCACUAG